AUGAAGUCGACAACCUUCCUCAGCCUGCUGGCGGCUCCGCUGGCCGCGCAGGCGCACUACAUCUUCAGCAUCGUCUUCGUCAACGGCGUGCAAAAGGGUGGCGACUACACGUACAUCCGCAAGAACAGCAACACGUACAUGCCGUCCUUCACCAACGACAUAGUCAACUCGCCCGACCUGCGCUGCAACACGGGCGCGCGGGCCAACAGCGGCACGCAGACGCUGACGGUCAAGGCCGGCGACAAGAUCGGCUUCAAGCUCUGGUACAACGAGUUCAUCGAGCACCCCGGCCCGGGCUUCGUCUACAUGUCCAAGGCGCCCGGGUCCGUGGCCAGCUACGACGGCAGCGGAGACUGGUUCAAGGCCUACGAGACGGGCCUGUGCGGCGGCCAGCCCAACUCGGACGGCGCCUGGUGCACGUGGCAAAAGGACCGCAUCGAGUUCACCAUCCCUCCCCGCACCCCGCCGGGAGAGUACCUGGUCCGCGUCGAGCACCUGGCCAUCCACGAGUCGCACGUCGGCAAGGGCCAGUUCUACAUGGAGUGCGCCCAGUUCAAGGUCGAGGGUCCCGGAGGCGGCUCGCCCGGCCCCUUGGUCAAGAUCCCUGGUCUGUACAAGGCCAGCGACCCCGGUAUCGCCUACAACAAGUGGACCAACAACCCGGCCCGCUACGUCAUGCCCGGUCCCGCCGUCUGGGCCGACAACGGCUCCUCCAACCCUUCCAACCCUCCCUCCAACCCUCCCUCCAACGGCGGCGGUGGCGGUGGCGGCUCCGGCUCCGGUGCUCCCCUUUAUGGCCAGUGCGGCGGCGAGGGCUGGACUGGCCCCAAGACCUGUGCUCAGGGUACCUGCAAGGUGUCCAACCAGUACUACAGCCAGUGCUUGUAG